AUGAAACGAAAUCGUUCUGCUAAACAUGAAAUUCGCGGUCUUAGAAUGGGAAUUUACAAAAAACAAAUGAAAAAUGAUUCAAUUUUGAAAGAUGUCAGAAAAGUGGACAUCAAUUAUUUUGCAAUUAAAUAUUUUGGAUAUAAAAAUCGUCAUGGAUUUUCACAAGAAGUCAAGGAGCACUUAUUUAUAUUCAGAAAAUUCAUGGAAAAUUUCAAAAGUUGUUGUAGUAAAUUAGAACUGUGCAACAAAUAUUCUCCAGAAAAACUUGAUGAUAAUUUAUCGGAAUUUAUGACUGAAAUUGGCUUGGAUAGGGAACUAUUCGACUAUUUGAGGUUUGUGAAACCGAUUUCUGGAUAUUCGAAUGUCUGGCACUUUAUUAUCAAUGAGGAACAAUUGAAGGAAGCUGAAAAAUUUGGUAAAUUUUUAUUUUCUAUUUUGAUUUAUUAUUCAAAGGUUAAUUUUCAGUUUCGAAGCUUUCGAUUUUGUCAAAAAUAAAUGAUGAGAAGUUGCGAAAACUGACAAAUCAUGGAAUAUUACACAUGAUUAUUCGAGUUAUCAUUGAUAGUUAUCGAUGUUUGAAGAAAUUCGAAUUCGAUAAACAUGACACUAUUUGGUGGGGACAGGAUUGUGGAAUGGAAACUGGAGGAGAUGCUGAAGGAAGGAGAUGCUCGAAAAUCGAAGUGGCUGAUGUUGAAGAUCGAAUUGCAAGUAUUGCAUCUGGCCGAAUUGAUGGUGAUGUAAUUGGAGAAUCUGAAGAAAUCGAUUCGAAUGUUGUGAUGGUUGAGAAUCCAGAAAUUGUAAAUGAGAAUGAGAGCUUGGAAGAACCGCUUCAUAAUAAUCCAGUCAGUUUUUCUCUCAUUUUUUUCUUCCCAAAAUGAAGUUAUACAUGAUUUCAGGCUCCAGUUGCUGCGCAAUUCAACGAAUUUUUGAAAAUCGUCGAAAAUUCGCCAGAUGUUCCCGAUUAUUGGAAAUAUAUGGCGCAUGAAUUCAACAGAAUCAAUGGAGAAGAGACGGGAAAACUUGCGAGUCUUGAUGGAAACUUUUAA